CACACACACACACACACACACACAGUCAGACCGCUACGCGCAUAUAAAAAGGAAGGAGUGUGUGUCAGAGAGUGAGACAGUGUGUGUAUGAGUGUUUGAGUUUGAGUGUGUGUUUAAGUUUGUGUGUGUGUGUGUGUGUGUGUGUGUGUGUGUGUGUGUUUGAGUGUGUGAAGAUGGCUGAGAGUAAAAUGAGCUCCAACAUCAGCGGGAACAUCGGAACCGGAGCGGGAAUCCUGGCCAAGAGGUUCCAGAAGUCCAUGAGCAGAGCGCAGGAGAAGGUCCUUCAGAAACUCGGGAAAACGAUGGAGACAAAAGACGAGCAGUUUGAGCAGUGUGCAGCUAAUCUUACCAAGCAACAGACGGACGGCUCGAGGUUGUACAAGGACGUAAAGGCGUACUACAGCGCAGUCAAAGCGUUGCAUGAAACGUCGAAACGUCUUUCUCAGACACUGAAGGACGUGUACGAGGACGACUGGCAUGGGGUAGAAGAUCUGUCCGUUAUUAUGGAGAGCGAGGACCUGCUGUGGAACGAUUACGAGGAGAAGUUGAGCGAUCAGGUGAUGCGCACGAUGGAGAACUACACCGGACAGUUCCCCGAGGUCAAGGAGCGAGUUUCUAAGCGUGGACGGAAGCUGGUGGAUUAUGAUUCGGCUCGUCACCAUCUGGAGUCGCUGCAGAGCGCCAAGAAGAGAGACGAAGCCAAAAUAUCCAAAGCGGAGGAAGAGUUCAACCGAGCUCAGAAUGUGUUUGAGGACAUAAACAAGGAGCUGAGGGAGGAGCUGCCCGUCCUCUAUCAAAGUCGUAUCAGCUGCUACGUCACCGUGUUUCAGAACAUCUCCAACCUGAGGGACGUCUUCUACAAGGAGAUGAGUGUGUUAAAUCACGACAUUUAUAACGUCAUGAAGAAGCUCGAGACGCAGCACUCAACCAAACCCUUCAUCAUCAAAGGCCUUAACAGUACCGCGUCUAAGAAGAGGAAAUCCCUGACCAUCUCUGCGCCCAUCCCCUGUAACACAGCGUUUCCUCCCGAUCAUCCUGGCCUCAGCAAACUCAGCGUUCCUGAAGAACUCGCACACAAAGACAAAGACGCAGACUCUCGCUUUGAUAAGACACUGCCGGAGGUAUCUGACUCGGACGACUCGGGCUCUGUCGAAAGUGUCCCGAGCACUCCCAGCCAGCAGUCUGUGUGCUCCGAGAGCGAGGAAGUUAAACACCACGUGAACAACGAGAGCACAGCAGACACUGCGGAGCAGCCGGCAAUUGAGCAUGCCGACGAGGAGCAGGUUUCUGAGGGAUCUCCAUCAGAGGACACGCAGAUAUCUGAAACUCAAGAAGAAGAAGACGAAAAAGCUGUUGGAGAGGAGUCCACCCCUACGACAGGAGAUAAGGAGGAGGCGGGACAUGGAGAGAAUAAAGAGAAAGAAGACAGAGGAGAGAGUGAACAAAGUAAAGAGGUAAAGAAAGGACCCGAGGUCAAGAGUCAGCAAACGGACACUCCACCACCUCCUGGGUUCCUCUAUAAGGUCGUUGCCUUGGAGACCCAGGAGUCGGACGAAGGCAUUCUUUUACUCUUCACUAAAGGAGACAUUCUUCUUGUAUUUGUGGAUGAAGAUGAAGAAACGCCGGACGGUACCGUGUGGGCGAUCAGAGAACAGGACUGGAUCCAGCAUAAGGACCUGACGCUCCUCUCGGGCCUCGUCACAGAGACCCUGAUUCAGCGACUCGACUCGAACCCCUGAGUCACGACUCGCCGCUUGGUUCCUGACUCAGCAGCUUUGACGUACAGAACCCUGCGACUCCGAGAACACGACACGCGCUUUCAGUUCUGCAAUCCAAGUUCCCCCGCUUAACCUGUCUCUUUACUUUCACUUGCACAUCUCCAACAAACUGCACAUUUUACACUUCACACAGACGUGUGUGUGUGUGUGUGUGUGUGUGGAGUUAUGCAAAAAUAUGUAAAAGAACUUUAUAUAUUUUCGUUCCCUGACUGUCUGUUCAGCGUUUCAGAGCAUCGUUACAGCUGAUGAUAGAAUUUCAGUGUUUAAAGUGCAAUCGUCAUAUUUUCUACGGUCAUGCCUUUUCAGAAUAUUUUUCAAAGUAUUUCUUCUCCUAAAUCCUCGGUUCUGUCUCUCGCUCUUUGUAAAAUAAAAAAAUUUAAAAAGAAUAAUAUAAGAAACAACUGUGAAACGUCCUGAACAUUUUAUACACACUUUUUAAAAAAUGAAUCCAACUUACUAUAAAUGCAAUAAAGGUUUAAUAAAGAUUUAAUUCCUGUACGGUU